AUGCUCUGGCAACCAACAACCCUCCUCGCCGCCCUCCUGGCUGUGGCCCCCGUCGUCCAAGCUGGCAUCGGCUCCCUCAUCGCCGAAGGCAUGACGCGCGGCUCGCCCUCCUACCACAAGCGCAUGGAAGAGAUCAUGGGCUCCUACCUCCUGCGCCGGGGCUUUCUCGAGGAACGACAAUCAGACUUCUCCACCUCCGCCGUCGGGCAGGACCCCAUCUUCACCGCCGACGGCACCCUCAACAUGACAGCCUGGAACGCCCAAGUCAACGCCGCCUGCAUUUCCACCUUGCGCCAGCUGACUGCUGCGAGCAACCCGUCCGGAACGUGCGUGUGCUAUAACCUCCCGGCGCUGGACAACUCCACGGGCGUGUUCGAGGCAGACCUCAGGUUGUUCAGGAUCAAUGAUGCGAGAGAUAGUUUCGCGGGGAUCAAGCCGGAACAGAUUUCGGUGGGCGUGAGGUUCGUGGGGGCUAAUGUGAGGACUACGACCGCUGAUCAGCCUGUUGCGAAUGCGGCUGGCGGCGGAAGUUCGGCAGCAAAGGCUUCGCAGGGGGCUUCUGCUUCUACUUCCCAGGCGGAGACUGCUUCUCCUUCUUCUGUGUCUGCUGCUUCGGUGGGAAGAGUAGGAGGAAGCGGCGACGGAGAGGCGGCGAAUGCGCUUGCUGCUAGACAGUCGCCAGGAGAUCUGCCGAGUAAUGGUGAUCCGACGCUGUUGCAGCAGUAUUUGUUUUUGGGGCAGAUUGAUAAGGGGAAGAUGACUGGUGAUAUGACUAUGGCCCAACUCCAACACCUCCUCCUCCCCAUCGUCACCCUCUCCGCCACCACCCCCUCCGGCGCCUCCGUGUCAACCAACAUCUCCUCCAACGAAGCCGCCUUUGUCGCCGGUGUUUUCAGCAAGGAAGUCGUCCUGUCGGACUUCAACCGCGCCCAGCUGGCAGUCGAAGACGAGAUUGCGAGACUCAAGAAUGGCACGACGGCGUUUGUGUUGCCGGGCGUGCAGAUUAUGAUUUUCCCGGUUGGACUGGUCAUUACGAGUGUUUGGUUGGCCGUGGCCAUUGCGGCGUAUGGCUAUGGGACUUUUUGUAGGUAUAAUUUUGCUGUGCAGUAUCAGCAGAGGAGGGCGGUGGUGGAGAGGGGGGGGAUGGCGAGGAUUUGA